UUUUGACAGAUAACCUCAAAAACCAAACAUUCAACUUGAAUAAUGUAAUUAGGAACUGGUGUUAUUUAGAAUUUUCUUAUUAAGUAAUGUUUAAUUCCUUAAAAUAUUUUUUUUCAGAAUACAGUAUUCCUUUUUAUAAUGUUGAAUAGGUCAAACAUAUUUCUCAAGGCCGAUAACUUCUCUGUUGAAAGAAAGAAACAAAUAGACACUUUGAAAAUAUUUAAUGCCAAUGUUUCGGAAGUGCAAGAAGAUGUAGAAUACAAGAUAGAAUUCAAUUCAGGAGGGAAACCGCUCGCUUUAAUUGUGAAACUGAGUCCCGAAUUUCCUUUGGAGAAACCAGUUCUUCAAAUAGUUCCUACUGUUGUACACAACUGGGUAACAGAAUCGGGGUUAGUCACCUCAGCUCCCGGACUUCUCAAUUUCACUCGAUAUUCUGAUCUCGGCCGGGUGGUGCAAGCCAUCAUUCGAGAAUUCGAACUCCGUCCGCCACCAUUCCUAUCUGACGAGCAGUCGCCAUCAGCGUCUGUGCAACAAAACGCCUGCAGUCGAGAUGGUGGCCAGUCUGUUGGAGGUGCUCCAUUAUCUCCCAAUAAUUUCUCCUACUCAACGACACCUCCAAGCACGUACUGGGACUAUACCCAUUCACAUGGCAGCAACGCAACCGCAAUACAACCCAAUUGCAGCAACGCAACACCGGUUCAACCCUCGAUGUUCCCAGAGUUGAGUUCCAUGUCUACUGAUGAACUGAAGAGACUCUAUUCGAGUGUCGAUCGAAUAGAUGAGCUCUUGGAGUCGACUAAGGCUGUGCAAGAUUUGGAUCGGACAAAGGACGAUCUUAUCACUAAAAUAGAAGAGGUCUCCAAGGAGAAUCUCUCGAAAGAACCAGUACUUAAUAAGUUAAGAGAAGAUAUACUUGAGAGACAAGAAGUAUUUUCGAAUCUUAAAUCACAGUUUGAAGUCUUAAAUUCGGAGUAUCAAAAACUAGCUGAUCGCUUCAGUCCAGAGAGUAUAUGUGAGAGCCUUCAAGCCGCUGUUAUCAAAAGUGAUGAGAAGAGCGAAGCUGUAGCUGAAAUGUUUCUGGAAGGAGAAAUGGACGUUGAUGCAUUUUUGGUGGCCUAUGAGAAUAGCAGAACUGUUAGUCAUUGCCGUAAAACCAAAGAAGAGAAACUAAGUCACCAGUUAUCUGAACUGAAAAGAGCCAGCUAUUAGCUAUUAAUGGACAGAAAAGCAACUGCCUGAGUGGGGGGGGGAGUGCUCUCUCUUAUUGUGAUAGUUCUGAGUUAUCGUGCUUCAUAAGUACACGUACUUCAAGUUAUCGUGUGCUAUUUGAACAGAAAUAUGUUUCGAAAAAGUGAGAGUAUUUUAAUAAUUAUAAAAAAUGUUAUUUUUAUGUGAAUGUGUCCUACUUGAAUUGUCGAUUUUUAAAAAUGCAUUUCAAAGGCAUUUUGUCAAUAGAGUCUUAUAUGAACUGAUGUAAUUAGUAUUUCCUUUGUAUUAAACAUCGAUAUUAUUUUUACU